GUGUGCUGUCACCAGAUUCACUAUCAUCGCCAUUCGCAACAGUCGACACGUGACCCUCCCGAGCCGUAGAACGAAAUAGUGCUAAGAAGAGAGGCGACGAGCGAGGAUCAUACGCUACAAUGACCAUCGUACCGCGCAUGAAGCUGUCCACCAGGGCCGAACUCGCCGUGUGCGUCUCGUGUGCCGUGUACGUCGUCUACUAUAUCCUGGUAGUGGUGCGCAAGCCGCGGCUCGUCUGCCGCGCCGGCCGCCUGCGCCGCUUCCUUUCGGCCAAUAUGGACGAAUUCAUCAAGAGCUACUACUGGGCCCCGAUCUGGUGCUUCGGCGGCAACCUGCAGUUUCUCGUCGGCUGCCUCUACAACAGCUGGCUUCCACGGCUGUCGUACAGACGCGAGCUCUUCGUGCUCUCGGACCGCGGUCUUGUGGCACUCGACUGGGUGAACGAGGAGCAGCCGGGCCCGGUGGUUAUCCUCGCUGGCGGCGGUUUCACGGACAGCCAGAGCCGGCCCUGGCGCGCCCUCUUGCCAGCACUGGCGACUCUCGGCUGCCCCUGCGUGGUGGUCAACGGCCGCGGCUGUGGCGUCCCUCUGACCACUCAUCGAGUCACCUACGUGGCCAGUGUCAGCGACAUCGCAGAGGUGGCGGACGAGGUGCACCGACGGUACCCGCAAGAGUGUGUUGUUGGCGUGGGCGUGUCCCUGGGCGGACUGCAGAUGGCGCUGUACUUGAGCCAGUGGGGUCCCCGAGCGCAGCUUGACGCGGUGGUGGCCGUGUCAGCACCUUUUCAGUUGGGGCUGGCCAGCCGCAAUCUAGGCCGCUGGGGCACGAACAUGCUGCUAAAUGUUUGGAUGACGCGCCGUAUGGUGCGCCUCCUACGCCACAACGAGGAGAUGGUGUACGGUACCAGGGAAUUCGAUGCAGACAAGGUGUUGCAUUGCUGGACGCUGUCCUCAUUCAACAAGCGCUAUGCAGCUCCGGUGUACGGGUUCUCCUUUGUGGAGGAUUUCUACGAAAACUGCAGCCUCAAGGGACAGCUGGACAUGGUGAAACGCCCCCUGGUGUUCCUCGUGGCGUCUGAUGACACGCUGAACCCGCGCGGCGCCUUUCCGGAAGAGGAAAUCGCCAAGUCGCCCUGGCUUGCCGCAGUGGUGACGCCACGCGGCGGCCACAUGGGUUUCGUGGACGGCUGUCUCUGGCCACGGCAGCCCUUCUACCUGGAACGCUUUGUCACGUCCUUUGUCCGAGGCGUGCAGCAACUGUACAGAUCUCGCGGACUACAGGCGCUACACAGCCUGGGCGAGUGACCCAGGUGUGAAGGAAUGGGCGCGUUUGCAUAGCUCGGUUCUGCGGCUGCACAUCGUACGCGCCGAGUAGUAAAAACCUUUCGUUGUCUGUGCCGAUUCUUUUCUGAUUGGACAUAGUAUGAUCUUGAUAGGCUUUCGUUGUGGCUUGAAAGAGCAGAAAGUGCCGCGUUGCAAAAAAAAAAAAAACUGUUCAUGAGGUAAGCUGGUCGGGAAAUAUUGCCUUCUUGUGACACAGCUACACAAGUCUCGCA